GUCAAAGAUCGCGGUCCAGAGGCCACGAGGAGGUUUUUUAACUGGUUUUACUGGAGCAUUAAUUUGGGAGCCAUCCUCUCGCUAGGAGGCAUUGCCUAUGUGCAGCAGAAUGUGAGCUUCUUCGCCGGCUACCUCAUCCCCACGGUGUGCGUGGCUGUGGCUUUCGUGGUGUUCCUCUGUGGCCAGAGCGUCUUCAUCUCCAAGCCCCCGGAUGGCAGUGCCUUCACCGACGUGUUCAGGAUCCUCGCAUACUCGUGCUGCUCGCAGAAGCGCCGUGGAGCCCGCCCAGGUGGCAGUGAAGGCAUUGGAGUCUUUCAGCACUCUUCUAAACAAAGUCUGUUUGAUUCAUGUAAGAUGUCUCACGGAGGGCCGUUCACAGAGGACAAAGUGGAAGAUGUGAAAGCCCUGGUCAAGAUCGUGCCCGUGUUCUUGGCUCUGAUCCCUUACUGGACAGUGUAUUUCCAAAUGCAGACCACGUAUGUCCUGCAGAGUCUUCACUUGAAGAUUCCAGCAAUCUCCAGUAUUACAACCAACCCGCACACGUUCCCGGCCGCCUGGCUCACCAUGUUCGACGCGGUGCUCAUCCUCCUGCUCAUCCCGCUCAAGGACAAGCUGGUGGACCCCGUCCUGCGGAGGCACGGCUUGCUGCCGUCCUCCCUGAAGAGGAUCGCGGUGGGGAUGUUCUUCGUGAUGUGCUCCGCCUUCGCUGCGGGAAUCUUGGAAAGCAAAAGGCUGGACCUGGUUAAAGAGAAAACCAUCAACCAGACCAUUGGCCACGUGGUUUACCAUGCCGCGGACCUGCCCGUCUGGUGGCAGGUCCCCCAGUACGUGCUCAUCGGCAUCAGCGAGAUAUUCGCCAGCAUCGCAGGUCUGGAGUUCGCCUACUCGGCUGCCCCCAAGUCCAUGCAGAGCGCCAUCAUGGGCCUGUUCUUCUUCUUCUCGGGUGUCGGGUCCUUCGUGGGCUCAGGGCUGCUGGCGCUGGUGUCUCUCAAAGCCAUCGGGUGGAUGAGCAGCCACACGGACUUCGGUAACAUCAACGGCUGCCACCUCAACUACUACUUCUUCCUGCUGGCCGCCGUCCAGGGAGCCACCCUCCUGCUGUUCCUCAUCGUGUCUGUGCGCUACGACCGGCCGCGGGCUCGAGACGGCGUGCCCACCAGUGCCAGGGCCUGACCCAAGCUGGGCACAGAGGUGGCGGCCCGGGUGGCUGCGAGCCGCUGGCGUCCCCGAGGGCCUGCGCCUGGUCCCCAGGGCGGGCCUCUUUCCCCGCCCACGGGCGAGGUCGGUGCCUACCGUGGGCGUCUCCAGCUCGCCCGGCCCUGCCGCGGGGGACAGGCGGGUCUACGGUGUGCUGCUGCUGUCGUCCAGUCCAGUCUCUGCUAAUCCUCUUCUGCAGAACCCGUAGACAGAGCGGGACUUGGGGGACCGUGGGGUGUUGGCAUCCUGAUUCCUUAAGUGUCACUACUUCCUCCCCCAAGCCAAGUAACCUUCCCUUCUAAACAUUAGCAACAUUUACUUGUGCUGAGGAGUGGGACGACUCUUCUCCCAAACGAAAGCGCUGUUACGUCCUGUGAGUUCACGUGAAGGUCACGUGUAUGGUUCCUGCAGAAGCCACAGAUCUUGCCGCUGCCAGGUCCUUCGCUGCAGUUCGGUAGUGUGUGUGUGUCAUCUGCUGCUUAUUUCUGAGGCUGCCGAUGGGAUUCCUCCUGACGAGUGGGAGCUGAUCGCUGUCCUCCGUCAGGCUGCAGAGCACCCCAGGGUCCGGCUGCACCUCGUGGUCCUGCCUGCGGUCCUGCUGUGGGCACCAGGGAGGCGGAGGCCAGCUCGGGGAGGGUGUGCGCUCGGCGGACAGAGUUGAUGGAAAGGAAGAGAACGGAAAGCCCUAACAGUGAACGUGCUGUUGGCCUGGUAUCGUUACUGACCUGUCGGGGUCUGAGUUUGUAACUAGACUGUUCUGUGUGUGUUGCUGUAUUUUUGGUAUAUUUUUGUUAUAAAAGCAUCUCGAAUGUGAGGCCCAGAA